AUGUCUGGAGAGCUUAUCAUCAAGGAACAGACAACGGUCGAUGGGUCAGAUACAUUUGCCCUUCCUCCGGCUGCUCUAAGUCCGUCGAAGAUGAAUACCACUAGUCGACGCUCCUCCAAGUCAGAUCCCUCGCUGUAUUUUCCCGCAUCUCCCACCUCACCACGCCUAGACCCGGGCCGCAAUGCGAACCCUCCUCCCCAGGCUGGUUUCAAGAGGCCCCUGGAGGAUCUUGACCUCCCGCCACCUCCAACUCGCACCCGCAAAAUCAUCCAGAUGAAACCUAAAACACAGAGCUCCCCUAAGCCUGCCACGGCGUCCAGCAAACCUGCCGCCAAAGGAAAUGCAAAAGCACCUUCCAACGGUGCUACACCAGCUGCCAACAAGAAAAAGCAGCCAAGUGCCACGAGUGCUGCUGGUCGGAAAAUCGCUAGAAAAACCGCUCACAGCUUGAUUGAACGACGACGAAGGUCGAAGAUGAACGAGGAGUUUGCAACCUUGAAGAACAUGAUUCCAGCCUGCCGAGGCCAGGAUAUGCACAAACUCGCUAUCCUUCAGGCCAGCAUUGACUACGUCAACUACCUCGAGAAGUGUAUCCAAGACCUCAAAACCGGAGGUGACCACAAGCAACCCAUCCACCAGACCAUGCCACAUGCCCCGUUAUCACCCAUAUCUCCCGAAGUUCUAGGGGAGAUUAAGGGCCAUACAUAUUCAGCUUCGGUGUCACCGGAAUUGCCUGCAGAUGGCAUUACAACUCACGGCACUUCGCCUAUGUAUUCCCCCCGAAGUCGCAUUCCAUCGAUCAGUACAGCGACAGAAAUCCCAACGUCCGUUCUUCCCAGUCCCGCCCUAGGACCCAUCUACGCUUCCGAGCGUACGAUGAGCUCGGCCCAGAGCUCAUGGGCCUUGCCAUCAUCUUCCAGAACCUCUCCCGCGAUCCAACCGCGGUUCUCCAACGCCUCUUCUGCCGACAUGGACCACGAGGCCUCUGCUGCUCUGCUCAUGCUAAACAGGGACUGUCGGGGAUCUAUUGACUCUGGCCAUGAGGGGUCUGUAAGCUCCCCAUCUAUCCUGCGAGACGAGAACAAGUUCCAACUGCUGGAAACGCAGAGGAAAAAGGGAAUGAGCGUGAAGGAUUUGUUGUCUUAG